AUGUCUUCUCUUGCUUUCAGAUCAUUGAAGAACGGUUUAGGUUUAAAAAGUUCUAUUAGAGCUUUGUCUACCACUUCCACUACUUUGUCUAACUACCAACAACCAGACUUUUCAUCAUACUUGAACAACAAAUCUCCACAAAGCAGCAGAAACUUUACCUACUUCAUGGUUGGUUCUAUGGGUUUAUUGUCUGCCGCCGGUGCCAAAUCCACCGUUGAAUCUUUCCUUUCUACUUUUGCCGCCUCUGCUGAUGUUUUGGCUAUGGCUAAAGUUGAAGUCAAAUUGGGUGCCAUUCCAGAAGGUAAGAAUGUCAUUAUCAAAUGGCAAGGUAAACCAGUUUUCAUCAGACACAGAACUCCAGAUGAAAUUGAAGAAGCCAACCAAGUUGAUAUUAAAGCUUUAAGAGACCCACAAACUGAUGCCGACAGAGUCAAGAAACCAGAAUGGUUAGUCAUGUUGGGUAUCUGUACCCAUUUGGGUUGUGUCCCAAUUGGUGAAGCUGGUGACUUUGGCGGUUGGUUCUGUCCAUGUCACGGUUCCCAUUAUGAUAUUUCCGGUAGAAUCAGAAAAGGUCCAGCUCCAUUGAACUUGGAAAUCCCAGAAUAUGUCUUCAGUGAUGACGAAACUUUGGUUGUUGGUUAG